AUGGUAAACCCAGUGGUGCAUUUAAACGCAAACAAUGCCAAGAAAGAGAAGAGAGUAAAUCAAAAUUGCCGAAAAUGGACAAGUUUUUCAGUUAGCCUCCUGCAAGAGAUUGGAAGCAUUUAUCAGAAUGAAUUAAACAACACACCGUUUGUUCGAGUGGCCACUCGGAAGCAUGUGCUGUGUAUGAAAAAAAUGAUAAACGUUAUUCGAUAUCAUACCCUAGCAAAGAGUUUUUUGGCUUUGAGAGGACGUCAACAAGACUUAAGUCAGGACAGAUACCACGGAAAUUUUCUCCCCUUCGUAGAACUUGUCGCCCGAUAUGAUCACAUUUUGCAACAAGCUUUGGAUAUGCCCAAAGAACAAAUUAGAGCGUCACCGUUUUUGGUUAUCAUAAUGGAUACGCCACAGGACAUAUCGAAGGCAGAUCAGCUAAGCAUUGUUGUGAGAUAUACAGCAAUAACCAGAUCGGAAAAUGGACAGCUAAUGGAUCCAGAAGUGAAAGACGGGGGUCUAAACUUUCAUGUAGCCAUAAAACAUGACGCAGGAGAUUUAGCCAACUACGUGACAACAUUAUUUAUCGACAAAAAUAUUGAUUUAAAAAAUGUAUCGGGCAAGGCUAUGAUGGGCCAGUGAGACAACUGGUGUGUAUAAUGGUGUACAAAAACAUAUUAAGAAUAUCCAGCCUGACGCAGACUUCGUACAUCGUGCCACUCAUAAUUUAAAUUUGCCGAUAAAUGAUGCCGUUAGCAGUUUUGUGGAAAUGCCGAUUUUUUUUGCAACGUUGUAAGAUUUAAAUAACUAUUUCGGAAACAGCAUCAAAUGUUGAAAUGUAUUGUCAAAACUCACUGGCGAAUCGGACACUACUCUAAAAAAACUAAA